UUUUAGAUAUAUUUUGAAAUUUAUUGAGAUGAAGAUUAACAAUUAUUCACACAAUUUAUUUUAAAUUAUGCUUAUUUGAAUUAAAAAUAAAUAUUCGUAAAGGUUAAAGUCGUAGAUUUUGAUGGUUUUCACCUUUUGCUAGAAAAGUAACAGUUUAUAUUUAAUUAACUAAAUUAUCCGACUGAUUUUUUUUCUUUUCAAAAUUUUAUAUUUUAUUCUAGUCCUUGAAUAAUUUAACAUUACACUGUAUAAAAAUAAAUAUACUUAGUGGGCAUGGGAGAAUCUUUUAGAGUAGAAAGAGGUCAUAAAAUAUGCGCUCGUGCGGUAGAGUAUACUGACAAAAUUGGUACACGGCCCAACCCUACGCCCACGCGCGUCGAAACCGUUUCCGACUUUUCAUAAAACCCCUUCUUAUUUUAUUUAACUUACUAUCUAACCUACUAAUAAUAAACUUACUUCCUAGGACCCUUGUCUUUUUCCUGCCCCAUUUUUAAAAUUAAAAAUUCUCGACCCUAUUCUCAUUUACAUCGGACAUCACACAAGCUAAGUAGGUUUAAAAUGAUACUCUAGUUUUCCUAUUUUCUAUGUGUAUAAACUAUGUUAUAUGUUAACACUUCAAGAAAUUUGUUUGUCUUUUCUCCGUAAUCUCUAGCUCAUUUUUACAUGUAGAUGGAUGUCACGGGUUUUUGAAAUUAAUGUUCCUGUUUGUACAUAUAUAUAUAUAUAUAUAUGUAUAUGUGCUAUGGACGAGUAAAUAAAUCUCAUUUAACAUAAGCAUAUAUUAGACUUCAUUAUAUAAGUUUGCUGUAAAAAUAUAUAUCUUAAACGUUAAAUAUUAUUACACAAUUUUUUUGACAUCGACAAAACUCAAUUAUUAAGCAAAAAGAAAAAAACUCAAUUUUUGCUAAAUUUAAUUUUUUUUUAAAGCAGUAAAAUUAGAUGGAUCAAAAGUUUUUCAACUUGUUUUAGUUAAUUAAAAUAAAUGUGUAUAACUAUAAAAAAUAUCUGUAAGGUAAGCCUGGGCAUUCGGGUCUUCGGGCCGGAUUCGGACGCAUUCCUUUCAGGUUUGUGUCUUUCGGAUCCCAAAUAUUUAGUUUUAAUAGGUAUUUAAAAAUUUUCGGUUCGGGUUCGUAUCGGUUCUUCUCGGGUCCGGAUCGGUUCGGAUCUAUAACUAAAAUACCAUAAAAUAUCCGUAAUUUUUCGGGUCUAUAUCAGAUCCGGAUAUUUAGGAUGUGAAAAGGACAUGACAUACCCAAUUCCAUCAAAUUUAGCUGAUAUUUGUCAUAUAUAUCUAUAAUUUUACAAAAUAACUUAAAUGAAACUAUUAAUAAUUAAAAUAAAAUAUUUUAAACUCUAAAUUUUACAUUUUAAGCUUCAUAUUAUUUAAAAAAUGUUACGAAAUAAUAACAAAUAUUGUUAACAAAAGAUAUUUCAACUAAACCAUAAAGUAAUUUAUAUAAAAUAUAACACAAAAUCAUCAUAGUAUUAGAUAUACAUAUUUUUAAGUCGGGUAUAAAUUAGUUCUUAUCGGGUCGGGUCUAUUCAAGUCGGUUUUUUUGGGUCCGAGUCUAUUCGGAUCGGUUCCUUUCGAUUCCGGUUCUUUCGAGUAAAAAAAAUUUAAACCCAAAAAAUACUUAUAAAUUUUCGAUCCAGUUCCAAAUCGAAUAUUUUUUGAUUGGUUCCAAUUCGGGUUUUUCGGAUCCACGUUAAAAUGCCUAGGCCUACUGCAAGGAAGUUUCUCUUAGUUAUACUCACUGCACUUUGAUACUCGAAAGACUAGCUAAUACAGCUAUAUUUCAUUAUUAUUAUUAUUUUUUGCUACGAACUAUUUCAUUAUUUAUAGAUGCGGUUUAGGUAGAAACUGGAUAAAAUGCGACAGUUGCCAAAAGUUAAGCGGCAACUAUAUAAAUAAAGACAAUACGCGGGGCCGCUAACUAAUAUACAAAAGAAAACGAGGACCAUAAACAAAUUAUAAUAACCAUACUACUUGUUAAAUUCAUUUGAAUUAAAAUAAGCUUAGUGCUUGGUGCCGUGUAGGGUUAGAAAGUUGCAUAAAUGCGUAGAAACAUACGAAAAAUAAGGGAAAAAGUAGGCCUUUAUCGUAACAAUCGUCAAUCUUUUUAAAAAAUCAUAUUUCUUUCUUUCUUUGAACUAUAUGUUAGAGCAGAGAGACAGCUAUUUACUUACAUGGGAACGAGAGACCUUAUAAUCAUCUUUACAUACGUGCCGGGUAAUUCAUCUAACCCCCAAAACAAGCAAGAUUUAGACUAAUAAUACAAUAAUAUUAAUCAUAAAUUUCGCCGUGAAAUUCGACCUUAACUAAUUUGUGAAACAUUAUUUUCAUGAUUAAAGUAAUACGAGAUAAUUGAUGAUUAGACAGAGAUUAUAAAGAGAAAAUUAAUCUUUAGUAUCAUGAUUAUGUUUUCUCUUCUUUUCUGGAGGAUUAUGUCUUCAUUUUUUUCUGCUUUUUCUUUUCCUACUUUUUCUUCUUCCUUUAUUUACCAAUUUUUCUUAUUAUUAUAUUUUUGUUUGCAAUUUUCCGGCAAAGAGAAUAUUAUUUUUGAAUUAAUAAAAGAAAUCCUUCAUUUUUUUACAACAAUUAGACCAUUGGUAUUUCUUUCCAAACAAGGACACCCAUUAGCUCUUCAUUUACGCAAGAUCAAAAAGGAAAAUUCUUUCUUCUUUUUUUUUCCUGGGAGAAUUCUUGUUUUGUUCCUGAAAAAUCACCUUUUUUUCUUUUCUUUCUCUCUUCUUGGUGAACUGGUCUUGCUAAAAAAGGUUUCCUCUCUAUGUAAACACUUCUUCUCACUACGGAAUCUUAAACCAUCUGAUUUUGGAAAGAGAGAAAAAAAAUAUCCAACUUUUGUUGUUUUCAGUCCGACCAUCUCUGCAACAUCGUACUUGAGAGCAGAAACACUAUCUUAAAACAAUUUCUCUUGUCUUCUUCACUAGUGAUACUCUGUCUCUCUCUAUUCUUCCAGUCACAGUCACAAUCGUCUCUGUCAAACUUAGGUUAUACUCUUUGUUUUCUUCUUGAACAAGGUUCAUAUAUAUUCCAAGCUCUGGAGGAACUGAGUACAGUAAAUGAAUCAGAACAAGUCAGAAGAAGAUCCUUACUCCUUUUGAGUAUCAUCAAUCUCUAUAAAGCCUCUGAUCGAAACACUUGGUGUGGAAAUGAAGCUCUUAUCGUUAAUCCUCUGUUUCUCCGCAACUCUUCUAGUGAUGACCACUCAUGGCAAAAGACUAAUCAGCGACCAAGACAACUCCUACGAAACUGCUCUGUUAACGGCGUUCAAGCAAACCUCCGUCAAGUCCGAUCCUAACAACAUCCUCGGUAACUGGAAACACGUGUCGGGCCGUGGCUCGUGCUCCUGGCGAGGCGUUUCUUGCUCUGACUACGGUCGAGUCAUCGGGUUGGACCUACGAAACGGCGGACUCACCGGUACCCUAAGCCUAGUUAACCUCACGGCGUUAACUAGUCUCGAGAAUCUUUACCUACAAGGAAACGAUUUCUCUUCUGGUUCUGUUUCCUCCUCCUCCGGCGACGGCUGUUAUCUUCAGAAUCUUGAUUUGUCUUCGAACUCGUUAUCCGAUUAUUCAAUGGUUGACUACGUCUUCUCGACAUGUACCAAUCUCGUUUCCGUGAAUUUCUCGAACAACAAGCUCACCGGAAAACUAGGCUCUCCUCCGUCGUCUAAAACCUUGACGACCGUUGAUCUCUCCUACAACAUCUUAUCCGAAGACAUCCCGGAGAGUUUCAUCCCCGCGUCGCUGAAAUACCUCGACCUAACUCACAACAACUUCUCCGGCGACUUCUCCGAUCUCUCCUUCGGGUUCUGCGGCAACCUCACCUUCCUCAGCCUUUCGCAGAACAACAUCUCCGGCGAUCACUUCCCUCUUUCUCUAACCAACUGCAAACUCCUCGAGACGCUGAACAUCUCCCGGAACAACCUCGCCGGAAAAAUCCCCGGCGGCGGAGAGUACUGGGGAAGCUUCCAGAAUCUGAAACACCUCUCCCUCGCUCACAACCGUUUCUCCGGCGAAAUCCUGCCGGAGCUUUCUCGGCUCUGCAGAACGCUGGAGACUCUCGAUCUCUCCGGAAACGCUCUCUCCGGCGAGCUUCCUCCGCCGUUCGCGGCCUGCGUCUCGCUACAGAGCCUUAACCUCGGAAACAACUUCCUCUCCGGCGAGUUCUUAACCACCGUCGUGAGUAAAAUUCAGGGGAUCGCGUAUCUGUACGUGGCGUACAACAACAUCUCAGGCUCUGUUCCGAGUUCGCUCACCAACUGCACAAACCUCCGUGUUCUUGAUCUAAGCUCGAAUGGCUUCACAGGGAACCUUCCCUCUGGUUUCUGCAGCUAUUCACCGCUUCUUGAAAAGCUUCUCAUCGCUAAUAACUACCUCUCGGGAACAGUUCCUAUGGAGCUCGGCAAGUGCAAGAGCUUGAAGACGAUCGAUCUCAGCUUCAACGCUCUCACGGGACCGAUUCCGAAUGAGGUAUGGAUGUUACCGAACCUCUCUGAUUUGGUCAUGUGGGCGAAUAAUCUCACCGGGAGAAUCCCGGAAGGUGUUUGCGUCAAAGGAGGGAACUUGGAGACUCUCAUCCUCAACAACAAUCUCUUAACCGGUUCAAUCCCUGACUCAAUCUCCAAAUGCACCAACAUGAUAUGGAUCUCUCUUUCAAGCAACCGGUUGACCGGAACCAUCCCUACCGGAAUCGGUUAUCUCACCAAACUAGCAAUCUUGCAGCUCGGGAACAACUCCUUGUCCGGGAGCGUCCCACCUCAGCUCGGGGACUGCAAGAGCCUAAUCUGGCUCGAUCUCAACAGCAACAAUCUAACCGGGCCACUCCCUGGCGAGCUAGCUAGCCAGGCCGGGCUAGUAAUGCCAGGGAGUGUUUCAGGUAAACAGUUUGCGUUUGUGAGGAACGAAGGCGGUACUGAUUGCAGAGGUGCGGGAGGACUAGUUGAGUUUGAAGACAUUCGUGCUGAACGGCUGGAGCGGUUUCCGAUGGUUCAUUCGUGUCCCGCGACGCGGAUAUACUCAGGCAUGACAAUGUAUACUUUCUAUGCAAACGGAAGCAUGAUCUACUUCGACGUCUCGUACAACUCUGUGUCCGGUUUUAUACCUCCCAGUUAUGGUAACAUGGGGUACCUCCAGGUCUUGAAUUUGGGACAUAACCGGUUAACCGGAACCAUACCGGACAGUCUUGGAGGACUGAAAGCUAUUGGUGUUCUUGAUCUCUCUCACAAUGAUCUUCAAGGGUACAUCCCUGGGUCGCUCGGAUCGCUUUCUUUCCUAAGCGAUCUUGAUGUCUCUAACAACAACCUCACCGGUCCGAUUCCAUUUGGUGGCCAGCUUACAACGUUCCCUGUCACAAGAUACGCAAACAACUCCGGCCUCUGCGGCGUUCCUUUGCGUCCCUGCGGGUCUGCUCCUCGGCGGCCCGUUACAGCCCAAGUCCACCCCAAGAAGCAGACCGUUGCAACCGCUGUGAUCGCUGGAAUCGCGUUUUCCUUCAUGUGUCUUGUGAUGCUAGUCAUGGCACUUUACAGGGCGUGGAAAGUUCAGAAGAAGGAACAGAAGAGGGAGAAGUUCAUUGAGAGCCUUCCCACUUCUGGAAGUUGUAGCUGGAAGCUCUCUAGCGUCCCUGAGCCGCUUAGCAUCAACGUUGCCACGUUCGAGAAGCCGCUGAGAAAACUCACUUUCGCGCAUCUUCUUGAAGCCACAAACGGGUUUAGCGCAGAGACUAUGAUCGGUUCUGGCGGGUUCGGAGAAGUCUACAAGGCUCAGCUCAAAGACGGGUCAACGGUAGCAAUCAAGAAGCUGAUCCGAAUCACGGGGCAAGGCGAUAGAGAGUUCAUGGCAGAGAUGGAAACAAUCGGUAAAAUCAAACACAGAAACUUGGUUCCUCUUUUGGGAUACUGCAAGAUCGGUGAAGAGAGGCUUCUUGUCUAUGAGUACAUGAAAUGGGGAAGCUUAGAAACUGUUCUUCACGAGGUAUCAAGAAAAGGCGGCGUGUUUCUAAACUGGGCCGCGAGGAAGAAGAUCGCGGUUGGAGCUGCAAGAGGUCUAGCGUUUCUGCAUCAUAGCUGCAUUCCUCACAUAAUACACAGAGACAUGAAGUCUAGCAACGUUCUUCUCGACGAAAACUUGGAAGCACGUGUCUCGGACUUCGGUAUGGCGAGGCUGGUUAGCGCGCUAGACACACAUCUGAGCGUGAGCACGCUGGCAGGUACGCCAGGGUACGUUCCGCCGGAGUAUUACCAGAGUUUCAGGUGUACAGCUAAAGGGGAUGUUUACAGCUACGGUGUGAUACUUCUUGAGCUUCUCUCUGGUAAGAAACCGAUCGAUCCAGGGGAGUUUGGAGAAGACAAUAACCUUGUCGGGUGGGCGAAACAGCUCUACAGAGAGAAAAGAGGAGUUGAGAUUCUCGACCAGGAGCUUGUAACAGAGAAAUCAGGAGACGUUGAGCUGUUUCACUACUUGAAGAUCGCGUCUCAGUGUUUGGACGAUCGACCGUUUAAGCGGCCAACAAUGAUACAAGUGAUGGCCAUGUUCAAAGAGCUUAAGGCUGAUUCAGCAGAGGAAGAUGAUAGUCUUGAUGAGUUUUCGCUUAAGGAAACUCCGUUGGUGGAAGAGUCACGAGAGAUAAGGAGCCUUAAGAUAUAGAGGAAUCAGAUGCUAUGUUCUAAAUUUUGGUGUCAGUGUGUAUAUAACUGAACAAGCUCCAGCGAGAAGGUUAGAUUGAGAAGAAGAAAUUUAUUCCAGCUGUUAAGCUUGUGAUUUUCGCUUGGAGGCCUUUUUUCUGUUGUCAUUGGUUAACUUGUUAAGCACGGUAAGAGAAGUACCUCAUUAUAAACUUUUGUAAGUUUCGAUUUUGAAAAACGAUUGGUGGAUCUGUGGCGUGAAGUAAUGGAUCAUUUUCUCAUAUAA